AUGCUUCAAGACCGACCACGCUAUGUGAUCGACAGGCCUGCUUACUCACAGGCAGACUUUGAUGAAACAUUUACCAGGAAAUCAAGGACUUUUCCUUUUACCGACAAAGUUAGGACAGCCUUCAGGUGUUCUGGGGGUCGUUUGAAGGCCCUUCUCUUCCGGCACCUGCCCGUGCUGCAAUGGCUGCCAAAAUACAACGCCAAGCAGAACCUCCUGACUGACGUGGUCAGUGGCGUCAGUGCCGGCACCAUCCAGGUUCCUCAGGGUAUGGCCUUUGCCCUCCUGGCCAGCCUGCCUCCAGUGAACGGCCUCUACUCCUCGUUCUUCCCCCUUAUCCCUUACUUCUUCAUGGGCACAGCGCAUCAAAUGGUUCCCGGCACGUUUGCUGUACUCAGCAUCAUGGUGGGCAUGGUCUGCCUCAGGCUGGCACCAGAGUCUGAUUUCACCCACUUCAACGCCACCCUCAAUGCCACUGUGGUGGAUGAGGAGCAGAUGAACCAGGUGCGGCUGGGCAUCUCGGGGACACUGGCCUGCCUGACCGCCCUCAUACAGAUGGGACUCGGCCUGAUGCAGUUUGGUUUUGUGGCCAUUUACCUGUCGGAGUCGUUUGUCCGAGGCUUCAUGACCGCGGCCGGCCUUCAGAUCCUCAUAUCUGUGCUGAAGUACAUCUUCGGCAUCCGAGUUCCCCCCUACAGCGGGCCAUUAGCGAUCAUAUACACUCUGGUGGACAUUUUCCGUGGCCUUCCUGACACCAAUCUUGCCUCGCUGGUCUUCGCCCUGGUCAGUGCCGUGGUGCUCAUCAUCUUUAAGGAGUUGGGAGCCCGAUACCGCCACAAAAUCCCCUUUCCCCUCCCCAUAGAGAUCAUCGUAGUGGUCGUGGCCACUGCUGUCUCUGGUCCUCUGGGUCUCCCGAAGAUCUACCACAUGGACGUAGUGGGGGAGAUUCCUCUCGGGUUUCCUGUGCCCGUGUUGCCCGCGGCGUCUGAGUGGGACGAGAUGCUGAGUACUGCGUUCUCUCUCGCCAUCGUGGGCUACGUCGUCACCCUGGCCAUGGGGCGGACUCUGGCAGCUAAACACGGCUACGAUGUGGACCCAAACCAGGAGAUGCUGGCUCUGGGCUGCAGUAACUUCCUGGGGUCAUUUUUUAAGAUCCAUGUGAUCUGCUGCGCCCUGUCCGUCACGCUGGCUGUGGACAGUGCGGGCGGCUCCUCCCAGUUUGCCAGUCUGUGUGUAAUGCUGGUUGUCAUGGUUACCAUGCUGGCGUUGGGGGCCUUCCUCAAACCGUUGCCCAAAUCUGUUCUUGGAGCCCUAAUUGCAGUCAACCUGAAGAACACACUGCUGCAGCUGUCUGACCCCUUUUACCUGUGGAAGAAGAGCAAGCUGGAGUGUUGCGUCUGGGUCGUGUCCUUCCUGGCCACGUUCUUCCUGAGCUUACCGUAUGGUGUGGCUGUUGGAGUUGGGUUUUCUAUCCUGGUGGUCAUCUUUCAGACUCAGUUUCGGAAUGGGUCCGAGGUGGGUCAGAUAAUGGACACAGACAUCUACAAAAAUCCCAAAGUCUACAGUAAAGUGCAGUCUCUGUCUGGAGUGAAAAUAGUUUGCUAUUGCUCUCCUCUCUACUUUGCCAAUGCUGAUAUAUUCCGUCAAAAGGUCAUCAAAAAGACUGGACUGGACCCAGGCAAGCUCCUCCUGGCCAGAAAGAAGUUCCUGAAGAAGCAGACGAGAGAGUUGAAGCUGCAGGAGAACGCGGAGAACGUGGAGAGGAGACGAACUACCACGUCACAGCUACAGCUCCAGCAAGACUUUCACCUGGACGAGCAGACCACGCCCACCAGUUACGUAAACUUCCACUGCGAUGACACGGACCAGACUGACCAGCGCGCCAGCUCUCAACCCCCUUCUCCCAUCACCAUGGAAACGCAUCCUGUACCCUUCCACACUCUUGUCCUGGACCUGGCAGGAGUCAGCUUCAUCGACCUGAUGGGCAUCAAAGUUCUCACCAAGAUGAAGAAGAGUUAUGAGAUGUUGGGCAUCAGCUUUUACCUGGCCAACGUACAAGCUCAGGUGUAUGAGGAGCUGGAGGCAGGUGGAGUGUUUGAGGACGGCAGCAUCACACGCGGUCACCUCUUCCUCUCGGUGCACGACGCCAUCCUCUCCUCACAGCAUCGGGCAGCCGCGCCCAGCGCCUCGGACCAGAUGCACAGAGCCAAGACAGAGCUUGCCUUUGACAUGGAGGAGGAAGAGAAAGACCUGGAACAGGAGCUGUUUUAAUGGACUUGCAAACCUCCAUCACUAACAUUGCUAGUGUUACAAUUGUUUUAGUGUUUAGCUAAAUAAUAUUCUGUAUAACUCCAUGCAUAAGUAAACUACUUUUACAUUGUUUUUUACUGUCCAGUAAAACCAUGCCAUUUCCAUUGUUAACCCCAAGAAAUGUACCAUUCAAAUAAAGCCAUG